CUUUUUUCUUUUUUUUGUUCUUUUUUUUUUGCAACUAACCUCCCAUCUUUAUUCCCUUACUUUUACCCUUUUUUCUUUUAUAUAUCCUUACAUUCUUUACUUUGGUUCCUCCAUGGCUUCAAACACAGAGUUCAGUAAUCCUCUUCGGAAAUACAAACUUGUCUUUUUAGGCGAACAAAGUGUGGGAAAGACUUCACUUAUUACUCGUUUUAUGUACGAUACUUUUGACAACACUUAUCAGGCUACUAUUGGUAUAGACUUCUUAUCAAAAACAAUGUACCUUUCCGAACGGACAGUACGUUUACAAUUAUGGGAUACAGCUGGCCAGGAACGGUUUCGAUCUUUGAUUCCAAGCUAUAUUCGGGAUUCUUCUGUGGCAGUGGUAGUAUAUGAUACAACGAAUCGUGCAUCUUUCUCCAACACAGCGAAAUGGAUCGAAGAUGUUCGUGCAGAAAGAGGAAAUGAUGUCAUUAUCGUAUUGGUUGGCAACAAAACCGAUCUUAGUGAAAAGAGAGAGGUCACUACAGAUGAAGGGGAAAAGAAAGCCAAAGAUCACAAUGUCAUGUUUAUUGAAACUAGUGCAAAAGCAGGUCACAAUGUCAAGACACUCUUUAGGCGUAUUGCUCAAGCUCUACCAGGUGCCAACUCGAAUACAACUGAUGGUGACCAAAAAGAACAAAUGGAGAAGGUCGACCUUCAUCAUUCAGAACCAAAUGAAGCUGGUGGAUGUGCAUGUUAAUUUAGAUAGGUUUCCUUCUUUCUUUAUAUAUAUGUAUAUAUACAUAUAUA